CGCUCUCCGCCCGUACUUUGUCCCCAUAUCAGAAAAACUAAUUAUCUACGCUCGGUGGAAGCUCUCCCGCGCUAAAAUGGCAGUUUAAAGGCGUGCGGCGGCUAUCCUCGCAGCGGCAACAACCCGGCAGUGCAACGGCUAAGUGCACUGGCUAUUUCUGGCAAAAUGGCCCCCUGGCACAGAUGGCUCUGUUGUGAAAAUGGCGGUUGCCCUCCCACAUCUCCGCGGUGACUCGCUGAGGAGGGCGGAGUUACCGGCCAAAGCAUGACCAAAUUAGGAAAUAUUAUCCCCCGGUGGAGGGCGGAGUGUUUCACAUCAACACGGCUUUGACGUUAGAUGGAACGGAUUAGCCAAAAUUAGCCUCCCCUCCCCCAUGUCUCUCUCGGCAACCACCCUCAGCUUUGCUGCCGUCGACAGCAGUAUCGAACCCCUCGACUUGUUAACGUCACCAGACUCGUCUUUGUUUUUAUUCACCCAUUCACGGCUACCACUGACAAGCUGCAGCCAUGACACUCUCCCAGCUGGCUUUGGAGGACGUGGAGGCCCUGUACUUAGGGCCCUCGUUUCUGAUGGCUGACCCCAUGGGGCCCCUUCUGGACCAAGAUGAAGAAGAAGCUCUUUCUCCGUCCUCCUCUCUAGAGGGGAAGGCGCCAGCUUCGCCCCCCCUCUCUUUCUCCUCCUAUGCGUCUUCCCUGUCUCCCUACCAGACCUUGUCAUCCUCCCCGCUCUCUUCUGCAUCCCCGCCUCCUUCUCCUCCUCCGACCCAACCCUCCUCGUUCCUGGGAACCAAGGCCGGUGCGAACUCGCUCUCGCUCCACUGGCUGGUUGCCAGCGACCUGCUCGACACCCAAGUUGGAGCAGACGAUUGCAAAGAUGAUGCUUUUGCGGGUAUGGACUGGAUGUCAGAAAAAAUCGACCUGAGUGAAUUUGACCUGGAUUCCCUCAUUGGCUCCUGCUCAUCUGAUGAGUCUCCCAACUCCCCCGAGGAUCUCCUGGCCUCCCUUGACUCCCACAUGGAUCUGGAUCUAGAUUCAUUUGACACAACCAUCCCCACCCCACACGACACCCUGGAGCUGGGUCUGUCACUGCCCAGCAUCCCCGCUCUCCCUCUGGAGCUCCCUCUCCCUGGAGCAGCCGAAGCCAAGAAGACAGAGGUGGCUUUUGAUCAGGAGGUUAUGAAGUCUGAACCUCCCUCCCUGGCUCCCUCUCCAUCUCCCCCCUCCCCAGCCUACACAUUGGAGCUGGGGAGUGAAGUGGAUGUCCUGGAUGCAGAGAAAAUGGCCACAUCCCUUACAGCCACCAUCAUUCCAGAUCCCAGUGGAAGCAUUCAGACCACCAGCCCCAUUGUGCUCUCUCUUCCCACCGCUGGCCACAUUGUGGUGGUGCUCACCAACGAAGAUGAGCCCUCCCUUGUAUCGCUCCCUGACCAGUCCAUUACAAUCUCUCCUCCUUCAAGCGACUGCGACAGUGACUCUGGCAUCGAGUCCGUUCCUGACUCACCUGCUCGCCUCCCCUCUCAUUCUCCCACAGUUGGUUCCUCUAGGACCAAACCCUACUCUAAACCAGAGCCCUCCGCCAUUUCCUCCCCCUCUGCCAAGACCUCCAGGGUCAAAUCGGUGUCUGGUGCUCCAAAGGUGGUGGAGAAGAAACUGAAGAAGAUGGAGCAGAACAAGACGGCAGCCACUCGCUACAGACAGAAGAAGAGGGUCGAGCAGGAGCUGCUUAGCACAGAGCUAGAACAGCUGGAAGUGAGGAACCAUGAGUUGACUGAGAAGGCAGAGUCCAUCAGCCGAGAGAUUCAGUACCUCAAGGACCUGAUGGAGGAAGUUCGUAAGCACCGCCGCGGAAAGACCAGCUCAGUGGCUUAGUAACCAGAUUGUGUGUGUGUGAGGCACAGUCUGCUGUUGCAGAGUAGUAAUGGCGUUGUUUCUGCUCCAUUACUCACAUGCCAUGACAAAAUCCACUUUACUAUUAGAAGUAUGUUUUAAGAGAUGGAAGGAAGAAUAGCAUGUGAGGGUGGAUGUAUGAAACUCGCCACUGAACAGAAAAGAGGGAAUGGCUUGAUGAAAAAGGGAAAGCCUCUGGAAGUUGAUAAAGAUGAGAUUAUUAGUGUAGACAGGGGGCUGGGAGGUAGUCAGGUGAAGCAUCUGUACAUGCUUGUCUCUCAGUCCCCUGUUAGAUCCCCAUAAUGUACUCCCUGUCUUACUACCAGUACUUGUACAAACAGGCAGGUCAGGGUGUAUAUUUAUUUUUGUAGACUAGGCAUGCAAAACAUGAGUCACCAUAGGAUCCGGUUGUGUAGACUUGUAACCCUUUGACAAGAUAUUCCCUCACACUCCCAGCAUCAGUCAAUACCCAGACCCCAGCUCCGCUUCAAUACAAUAACUCCUUGUCAGUAAAGUGAGAUACCACUUAUACCUUGUUGUUACCCACUCCUUUUAACCUAGUGUCACUCUUUGACCUUCCUCUUAACAGCUUCAAGUCCAGAAAGGGGCCUCAACCUAUUAAUGAAUUCUUGAUGUUACACUGUCAACAAGUUUUUUUUUUUUUUUUUUUUUCUCUCUCCCUUCUUUUGUGUAUAUAGUUUUCUCUUCCUUUGCUUGCCGAUUGUGGCUUUUGUUAUUUAAUGCUGGAUAAAACUUGAUAAUUUCUCGAGUAGCUCAGUCUCUUAGUGCAGCUGUUUGGCAUGUAAAAUGCUUUUCAUUUCUUUUUCUAAUAAAUAUCUAUCAGUUCUCAA